AUGGACGAUGAUAGUGGUGGAGGGUCGUAUGGAUACUGGAAGCAGAACCUGUACCUACUACAAGAACGAGCACCGAAGCCAUUAGCUGUUGGCUGUAGAACUGUCUUACCUUCUAGACCUAUUCAAUAUGGAACAGAGUUUCACGGACUCAUUGACCGCGAAGAGGCCGAUAAAAUGUUAAAAGAAAGCGGAGAAGGAGCGUUUCUUGUGAGGGAGUCUAGGAGGUGUCCUGAUGCCUAUACUUUGUGCAUGUUCUUUGAUGGAAGAGUUCUCAAUUACAAGCUUUACUAUGAUGGAACUCACUAUGUAGGAGAGAAAAGAUUCGAAACUAUGGAAUCUCUUGUUGCUGAUGGCUUAAUUUCAAUGUAUAUGGAUAAGCAUGCUUCUGACUAUAUCAAAAGAAUGGCAGAUGAAGCUAUUUACGAACAGAGUCCGUAUAUGCAAUACACUAAAUCUAAUGAAGUAGCGAAAAAGCCUGUUACUAGAGCUCAUAAUUUUGCUCAACACACGUUUAAGAUGCCUCAUUAUUGUGAUUAUUGUAGAAACUUCAUGUGGGGUCUUGUACAACAGGGUGUUAGGUGUGAAGAUUGCGGAUUCGCUGCUCAUAAGAAGUGUUCUGAAAGAACACUCCAGGAUUGUCGGCCUGAAGCUAAAUAUGUCAAGAGAAUGUUUGCUGUUGACCUGACUACUUUGUGUUUAGCUCAUCAAGUGUCCAUUCCUCCAGUCCUAGUGAAAUGCAUAGCUGAGGUGGAGAGCAGAGGACUAGAUGUCGAAGGAAUUUACCGCGUUUCUGGUUCGCACGACCAUAUGGAACGCUUACGUAGACAAUUUGAUUCCCAACAGGAUGUCAAUCUCAAACAGGUUGAUGACAUUCAUACGGUUUGUGGCUUGCUCAAGAUGUAUCUAAGACUUCUUCCCCAACAAUUAGUUCCCUUCAGUGUAUAUAAAAGCUUACUUACUGCUUAUUCCAAUGCUAGAACACCCUUGGACAGGACUAGAUCUUGCAGGAAAGCUUUGGAAGAACUGUCUGAAGCCAAUGCUGUCACUUUAAAUGCUUUGCUCAAUCAUUUACGGAAAGUCGCUGAUCAUAGUAGUGCAAAUAAGAUGAGUGUCGAAAACAUUGCCACUAUUUUUUCUCCGACCCUCUUUUGUACUGGGAUUGUCCCAGCUCUACCUCAACAGCAGCACAUGUUGCUGCACUUUAUGAUUUUAACUCAUAAAGUUGUACCAUACGUAUAA